AUGGGGAGUUCUAAGGUGAUGGGUUUUGCAUUCUUGGUUUUGCUCCUCCUGGAUCUCUCCUUUGCUGCUAGAAUAUUGAAGGAACAUGGCGCCGAUGGAGGCGGCGGAGGAGGUGGUGGUGAAGAGGGUGGCGGGGGCGGUGGUGGUUCCGCUGUCGGAGCUGGUUCAGGCUACGGUUCGGGUAGUGGUUCAGGGUAUGGUGGUGCUGAUGGGCACGGGUAUGCAAGUGGUGGAGGUGGAGGUGGGGGUAGCGGAGGAGGUGGCGGCGGUGGGAGAGCUGAAGCCCCCGGGUCUGGAUCAGGCUACGGUUCAGGAUAUGGUUCAGGGCAACGUAUUUCUGAUCGGGAUAGGAAUGCAAGUGGCGGAGGUGGAGGUAGCGGUAGCAAAGACGUUAAGGGAAGUGCAUCAUCCGGGUAUGGAUCAGGGAGCGGAAGAGGGAGUGGUGGUGGCGAAGGAGGUGGGGGAGGAGGAGGAGGAGGAGGAGGAGGUGGAGUUGGUUCAGAAUCCGGAUCCGGAUAUGGGAAAGGAAGUGGAUCGGGAUAUGGAUCAGGAAACGGCGGCGGAAAGCCCUGA